AUGGCCGAACUGAACCGGCAGCUCCAGGAGUAUCUGGCCCAGUCCAAAAGCGGCGGAGCCAAGACCAUCUCCCAGUCCAGCUCCAGCACCACGGUGGACAUGGAUGACCCGGAGCCGGUGACCGGGAGCUGGUUCGGCCGGUGGUCGAGCCCGUGGCCCGGAAACCGCGGCGCGAGUCCGUCCGGCCAGAGUAGCGGCAGCGGCGGGGGCUUUUCGUGGCCGUGGUCGGCCGAACCGGACCCCUGCCUGCCAGGCAUGUCCCGGCGGCAGCGGCUGGUUGUGUGCGGGGUGUGCGUGUGUUUCUCGGCGCUGUGUUUCGGACUGUCCGCGCUCUACGCGCCGCUGCUGCUGCUGUACGCGCGGAAGUUCGCGCUGCUCUGGUCGCUCGGUUCGCUCUUCGCCAUCGCGGCUGUGGCGGUUCUGCGCGGACCCAGCAGACUCCUGGCCGGCCUGCCCACCUCCCCCGGGGCCGCCGUCUACCUCUGCACCCUCGGAGGGACUCUGUACGCGGCUCUGAGCCUCCACAGCACCGUGCUGACCGCGCUCGGAGCCGCCCUGCAGGUCACCGUCAUCGUCGGAUACGUGGUGUCGCUUCUGCCCGGAGGGAGCGCCGGGAUCCGGUUCAUGGGCGGGAUGGCCGCGUCCGCCAUUAAAAGGACCGUUACCGGGAAAACCAUGCCGAUCUGA